AUGGCAGAACUGAUGCUUCGUACUCCGCACUCGAAAGAGUCCUUGUCGGACAACGGAGGUCCUCCCCGAAGCGGCGAUUGGAUGCAAGAUGAGUCUCUUCCAGAUAACUCCAUGAAUAAUAACUCCAUGCACUUGAGAACCACGCAGGCAUUUGGACGUCGAAAGCGAAAGAACCGAGCCCGGCGCCAACGGAAUUUUCUACUGGCAGUGGGUGCCACCCUGAUUGGAUUGGUCUUGUUGGUGGUACACGUCGAAGUAUCCCUCUUGAAUGCCGCCGCCAAAGUCUCGGGCGAAAAAAUCGAUCCUGCACGACGACGUGCUCACGAAUUGGUGCAGCAGCAACCGUCAAACGACAAUAAUAACGAUGCGCCGCAAGUUGUUGGCAAAAAGGACGGCAAUGUACGAAAAUUACUCAAGGCAGAAUUGGAAAAGGCUGCCCAGAAAACUGGAAAAGAUGUCGAAAAAAUGAGUGUGGAAGAAGCAUUGGCCAUGCUAGGAGACAACAGCAAAACAGACAACAGCAAAAAGGACCCGCAAAAGACCAAGACAGAACUACCCAAAAUGCAAAAGACUGAACAACCCCAACAAAAGCAAAAGACAGAACAACCCCAACAAAAGAAAACACCCGAGCCAAAAAAGGCGGAACCAAAGAAGGAACAGGAGAUACAGGAGGAAGCACAAGAAGAAGACAACACGGACGAUUAUUCCAAAGCUCUCAAGGAUGCCGCGGAAAAAGCUGGAAAACAAAAACCGGACGACACGGACGACUACCAGAUACGACUCUCCACGAAUAAGAAACUCACAAGCGUCAAUCCCGAAGUGGCCAAGGCAGUGGCCGUCGUAGUGGGAAAGGCCGCCAAACAACCGGAACCAAGAACGGCAAACUUUUGCGCCAACAAACCAAAGGUCGAGGACAAUACUCCUGUUGCACCGGCUGUUAUUAUCAUGGGGAUGGAAGACACAUCCACCGAUUUGCUCUGGCACGUGCUGGAACGCAUUGCUCCACGUGAUUCUAUUCUCACGGAUCCUCAAAAUCGACAACCCAAUCACAUUCCCAAAUUGGAAUUUCUCAAUCACAUGGAUCCUGCCAAGGAAGAAAGAUUCUGGAAGGGACUCAAGGAAGAAAAUCACGGACAUUGGGUACAGGCUAGUCUCUGUAGUCAACAGAUUCCCGAGAAUAGAGAUGAAGGAAAGGCGUCCAAUUUGUUGGGAUUCCCCUGGUUGACACUCAUUACCAAAGACUCCAUGGGUGCUGCUGCCGAAACCAAGAUCAAGGAUUCUCUCGAUUUGCUCGAUACAUGGCCCAAACACAGCAUCAAGGUUAUCCGGUACCGGCGCAAUUUGCUCGAUAUGAUGAUGCGCAUGGAGCAAUAUUUGCAUGCCGAGAAGGAGCAGAAUGGAAGUGAGAAGUCGAGAGCACCCAUGGGGGGAGUGACGCUGGAUGCCGAAACAUUGAAGCAAAAAAUGGGGCUAUGGGCGCUAAAGGAAGAAAAUCUUGACAAGUUGCUGGAGCAAGAGCAGAUCCCUCACAUUGUUGUGCACCAUGAAGUCAUCUUUCCCUUUAAUGAGUGGAGCGAUUUGCUGGAUGUGAUUAACAACGUGGAAUCAUAUCAAGUGCCACUCAAUAUGGCUGUUGACUACACCGAUGUCCCACCGGAUGAAAAACCGGAAUUUACAUCGAACAUGGAACAGGAGUGGAAACACAUUUUGAAAUUCCUGCAACCCAAUGCAAAAUCACCCAUUUCCCUCUAUGACAUCUUUCAUGCUGCUGAAUCAUUUACUCGCAAAGAUCAGGUCUUUUGGACGCAGCAAAAUUCGCUCACAAAUUAUGACACUGUGCAACAGGUAUUGAAAGGAUCACGUUUCGAGUUGUUGGUUCGCGGCCAGAACUAUGAGCACAACUAUUAUGGAUCUGGCCACAAACCCCUUGCCAUGGAGCCACCACCACAGGAAGAAGAUGAUCCCAAUGACAGUCCAGAAGUUGCCAAGGCAGUGGCAGGAGCAUUGGGAAAAAUCUUCAAACAAGACUCACCCAAAACGGCAAACUUCUGUUCGCCCAAUAAACCAAAAGUCGACAAUGAGCUUCCGGUUGCACCUGCUGUCAUUGUCAUGGGGAUGGAGGACACAUCGACUGAUUUGCUGUGGCACGUAUUGGAACGCAUUGCUCCUCCAAAUUCUAUUGCCGUUGAUCCAGAAAAUCGGCAGCCCGAUCACAUUCCCAAGUACCAAUUCCUCAAUCACAUGGAUCCUGCCAAGGAGGAGGAGUUCUGGGAUCAUUUGAAGAGAAACAACCACGGUCAUUGGGUGCAGUCCAGUCUCUGCAGUCAACAGCUCCCUGAGAAUAGAGAUGAAGGAAAGGCUUCCAAUUUGCUGGGAUUCCCAUGGCUCACAAUUGUCACCAAGGAAACUGGAAAGACCACUGAAUCCAAGAUCAAGGAUUCUCUUGAUGUGCUCGACACCUGGCCACAACACAGCAUCAGGGUCAUCCGUUACCGGCGCAAUUAUCUUGACAUGGUGAUCCGUAUGGAACAAUAUUUGAAGUCAGUAUUGGAAGGGAAGGAAGAAGACAAGGCUGGAGGACCCAUGGCGAGGGUUACCUUGGACAAGGACAAAUUGUUGCAUCAACUGCAAAAAUGGAAGGAAAGAGAAGACGCCAUUGACAAAAUGCUGGUGGACGAGAAGAUCCCUCACAUUCUUGUGCACCAUGCAACCAUCUUUCCUUUUACUGAGUGGAACGAUUUGGAGAAUGUCGCCAAGGCAGUGGAAUCCUAUCAAGUGCCUCUCAAUAUUGCCAUUGAUUAUGCCAACGUUCCGGCUGACGAACAACCACCAGAGCCAACAUCCGCAAUGGAAAAGGAAUGGAAUCGAAUCUUGAAUUUCAUACAACCCAAUGCCAGAGUACCUGUUUCCCUGUACGAUAUCUUUCAUGCUGCAGAUUCAUUCCUCCGCAAAGAUCAAGUCUUUUGGUCCCAACAGAACCAGAUCAUAAACUAUGACCAGGUGGAGCACACAUUGGGAGGAACAGAGUUUCAAAUGCUGCUGCGCAAGAAGGUUUACAAACCCGACUAUUAUGGAUGCUGCAACGACGAUAAGGACGCUGGCAAGAAACUGUUCAAGGGCUGGAAAAAGGCAAGUGCCAUUGCCGCCAAGCAACAGUAA